AUGUUGCGCUGGUACCAAGCCAAAUUGGCUGCGAGGCCUAUUCUGACCACCAGCAUCAGCAGUGCGGUGUUAUUCGGCAGUGGAGAUAUUUUGGCGCAGCAGGCUGUUGACCGCCGAGGUCUCGAGAAGCAUGACUUUGCGCGCACCGGUCGCAUGGCUCUCUACGGUGGAGCGGUAUUCGGACCUGUUGCUACGAAAUGGUAUGGGAUUCUUCAACGUCACAUUGUCCUCAAGAGCACGGUUGGCACCACCUUCGCCCGUGUCGCAGCAGACCAGAUGGUGUUUGCCCCAAUCCAGUUGACCUGUUUCUUGUCCUCAAUGGCAAUCAUGGAAGGAUCCGACGUAGGAGAGAAGUUGCGUCAUUCCUGGGUUCCCAGCUACAAAGCCAACCUGUUAGUCUGGCCCUUUGUGCAGGGUGUCAACUUCACAUUCGUACCGCUAGAACUGCGUGUCUUGGUGGUCAAUGUGGUCAGCUUAGGUGAGUGA